AAUACCACUUCAAAAAUAUUUAUUUCACCUUUCUAUUAAUAUUUUUAUUUAAUGCACACGUGAUCCAGUACGCCUGUUCUCCAAACAUGUCAGGGCCAUUCACGUGAACGGCCUACUUGCUUACAAUCGCCUUUUACCGGUAAUUCUGACUACAUUUUAUAUUGGAUUGGCAUAAGAUCUCUGUUAGUAUAGAGCAAAAGUGUUGCAAUGGAAGGUCUCACAUGCUUUUGAUUUUACUAAGGAAUUAUCAUUUGCUGAAUUUUUUAAUUAAAUCCUUUCAAAUCCUUCUCCCCUACCCUAAACACUCCGUCAAUUGGUUUCAUCAACGGCUUGAGGUCCUUGCUUACCGAGUUUUCUUUCAAGCUUAGUCUACUUUGAUCACAUGUAUUAAUAUAAACUUCACUUUAUUGUGCUAUGAAAAAAAGUAUUAUCUUCACUAGUGGAACAAGAAAAGUUGCCUAAAUUCUAUACUAGGAUGCUUUCAUUAACUAAUUCAUUAUCAGUUUCUGAUAAUUUUUAUUAUUUGGAUGUAACACCUUUUACGAAAGUACAAUCAUCGGAUGAAUUAUUUUUUAAAUCGUUAAGGACGGAUGACAUAUCGACAAGUUGUAGUUUACAGUCAGUCAACACAUGUGAAAAUGUAACAAAUGUUCAAAAAUUACAUCUUGAUGACUCAACAGAAUUGUUAUUAAAAGAUAUUGUAAAAACCAUUAGUCAGUAUCAAUUUCUUCAAGAACUAUCUUUAUCUUAUUCUUUGCUCAGUGAUGAGCUACUCACAGCAUUAUCGUGUGAUGAUCGAAUAAAUCUUAAAACAAUGAAAAUUGAAGUUUACCCUGAUGAAAAACCACUACCACACAUUAGCGAUAAAACGUGGCUUACAUUAGAAAAUCAUUUACCUGAUCUUAAUUUUGUCUUAACGUCGUAUUUAUCAGAUGAAGAUAAUUGUAAUGAUUUCUUUAUAACACCAAUUCCAGUUACUCAUUUAUUUCUUAGUGGAUCUCCGCCUGAAAUAACUGUUGGCAGAAUUAGUAAAUGUUGCACACGACUUGUAGAACUUAUUAUUAGUUCGUAUAAUUUUGGCCUUAUUGACGAACCAUUGAUUGCUGCGGCUAAAGGUUGUCCAAAAUUAUCAGCUAUAAGCCUUGGAGAUUGUGAAUUUACAUGUUCUGGUCUCGUGGAAUUCGUUGGGAUUUGUAAAGAACGUCUUCAAAUACUUUUGAUAUGGGAAACAUGCCUUAUGGAAGAUUCAAAUUUAAAUGUAGAUGAAACAGCUUCCCGAGUUUCAUGUCUUCUAGGUCGACCAUGGAUACCAGAGAGCAUUCCAUUUUGGUAGCAACUUGAAUUAACAUAAUAGAAACAACCUAUCAUUUAAUUUUAUAGAAAUAAUAUAAUUUUAUUGAUCAAACAAUGUAUUUUUAUUAAAAAAAUUUAUGGGUAAUAAAUAAAUA